CCAAUUUAUUCCCACUCGGUUUUAUCUCUCAGCCGACAGCGGAUCCAGUAGAGAAUCGUAUUUCGAUUCGUCAUGUUUGUUCUCUACGUCGCCGUUGUUGUUAUUUUGUUCCUAGCUUACGUAAAAUGGCGUCAAUCGUACUGGAAAAGAAAAAAUCUGUUCGAACUGGACCAUGACUUCCUCCUGGGUAACAUGAGAAAAAUAUUAACCGGAAAAUUAGCAUAUUCUGAAGAAUUCAAUAACAUAUACAACAUUAUCAAAUCGAAAAAACAAAUUCACGGAGGUAUCUAUGCUAUGUGGGACCCCUUAUACAUACCCAUCGAUCCUGCAUUGAUUAAAACUAUCCUUGUAAAAGAUUUUUCGUUUUUAAAGGGUCACGGAGUGUACCAUCAUCCUAAAGACAUUCUUUCAAUGAACUUAUUCGGUGUGGAUGGAGAUAUGUGGAGACGAUUGAGAGUCAAACUGUCUCCCACCUUUACGUCAGGUAAAAUGAAAAUGAUGUUUGAAACCCUAAUGGAAAAAACGACAGGAUUUGAAACUGUAGUAGGGAAGUACGCAGAUACAGAAGAAUCUGCGCCAAUAAAAGAAAUAUCUGGAAGGUUUACUACUGAUAUCAUAGGGAGCUGUGCGUUUGGAAUAGAAUGCAAUUCUUUAGAGAAUCCCGAUAAUGAAUUCCGAAGUCAAGGGAAGAAAGCAUUACAACCUGGAAUGCUAAGAUUGACCCUUAUGUCAAUUAUUCCUUGGUGGUUAUUAGGGAAUUUAGGCUUUAAAGGUAACGGCAUGGAGGCAGAAAUAUUUUACUCCAACAUCGUUAAGGAAACUAUCCGUUAUCGUGAAACAAGUAACGUUCAUCGAAACGAUUUCAUGCAGUUGCUAUUACAACUAAAGAACGAAUCUAACAUAAUCCUUGAUGAUGAUAAAGAAAACUACACUCUAACUGUUGAUGAAAUAAUCGCACAAUGUUUUGUGUUCUUCGUCGCGGGAUUUGAGACGUCUUCCACCACUAUGUCGUUUGCUUUGCUCGAACUGUCGCAGAACCAAGACGUUCAAGACCGAUUGAGAAAGGAGAAUGAGGAAGUUUUGGAACAGCACGGUGGAAAUGUUACUUACAAUGCUGUGAUGUCUAUGGAGUAUCUUGAUAAAGUUGUAAAUGAAACUUUGAGGAAGUUCCCCCCCGUGCCGGUCAUUCCCAGGGUCUGCAGCAAAGACUACCAAAUCCCCGGUACAGACGUAGUGAUCGAGAAGGGGGUCCGAGUCCAGAUUCCUGUUUGGGGCCUGCACAAAGACCCGGACUAUUAUCCUAAUCCGGAAGUGUUCAAUCCGGAAAAUUUCAGCGAAGAAAAUAAAGCCAAACGACCGGAUUUCACAUUUCUGCCUUUUGGAGAGGGCCCUAGAAUGUGUAUAGGUAUGAGAUUUGGACUGAUGCAAACCAAAGUGGGUCUGAUAAGCCUGGUAAGAAAAUUCAAUUUUACUUUGAAUGACAAAACCAAGAUGCCCAUCGAAAUGGAAAGGGCCAGUGUAGUAUUAUCAGCGAAAGGGGACAUUUGGUUGGAUGUUACUAGAGUUUAAUCUUCUAAUUUGGUCAUUUUAUAUGUGUAAUAUAUUUGUAUCUAAUAAUAUAUGUAUUAAUGUCUAUUAACAAUAAACAAAAUCACGCACAAAAUAAA